GUCGUUGAAAGUUUGGCUUUCUCUUCUUCCUCCUCCUUGUCGGUCCCGACUCCUUCCAUCGUAAUCCGAUCCAUGGCGCCGACAUCCGAGGAGGAGGACGCCGAGGUAGCCAGCGGCGAGGCGGUCGAUGCCCUCUUGGCGGUAGUGUCGGAGGUGUCCGCGUUGCCAGAAAUCCGCGGGCCGUUGAGUCGGAUGUGCUGCGACCUCGCGCGGCGGGUGAAGCUGCUCCUCCCGCUAUUCGACGAGCUGAGGGACGACCCUGAUUCCAUAGGACUCAUCGAGCUCCGCAGCCUCGAAUCCCUCUGCGCCACCAUCGUCGAAGCCAAAGACGCCCUUCGAUUAGUCAACGAAGGGAGCAAGAUCUACCAGGUUUUACGACGAGAGAAGUUCGAAAGACUUUUCCUUAAGGUGACUGAGUCUAUAGAGAAAGCACUCGAUGCGAUUAACUUGGAUAGACUUAACAUAUCCAUUGAAGUUAAAGAGCAGACUGAACUUGUUCAGGCCCAACUUCAUAGAGCAAGAGGUAGCAUGGAAUCACAUGAUUUACUAUCCAGAGAUUUGAAUUUGGCACUGCAUGAAAAUCACACUGAUCCUAUCGUCCUCAAAAGAAUAUCAGAAAAGCUUCAACUCAAAAAUAAAUCUGAUAUCAUGAAGGAGUCUCUUUCUCUUCAUGAAAUGGUGACUUCAAGCGAUGGGGAGCUUGAUGUUUCAGUGGAGCAAAUGUCAUCAUUGCUUAAGAAACUAAAAGAUUGCGUGCUGGAAAAUUCUGGGUCAGCUAGCAUAGAAACGACAGCUAGUUUUGCAAAGCAUAUUCCUCCUGUGAUUCCAGAUGAUUUUCGGUGUCCAAUUUCCCUUGAGCUGAUGAAGGAUCCUGUUAUCGUUUCCACAGGACAAACAUAUGAAAGAUCAUACAUUCAGAAAUGGCUUGAAAGUGGACAUAAGACCUGCCCUAAGACUCAACAACCUCUCACCCACUCUACUCUCACACCCAAUUUCGUUUUGAAGAGUUUAAUUGCACAAUGGUGUGAUGCCAAUGGCAUCGAACUGCCCCAAAAACAAGGUAGUUUCCAGGACAAUAAGCUUGGAAACAACUCGGACUGUAACCAUUCUGGGAUUGCUAUACUACUUCGUAAAAUGGUUAAAGGAAACCAAGAAGAGCAAAGAGCUGCCGCUGGUGAACUCCGACUACUUGCUAAGAGAAAUGCUGACAACAGAAUAUGCAUUGCCGAAGCUGGUGCAAUCCCUUUACUUAUACAACUUCUCUCAUCCACAGAUCCCAGAACACAGGAACAUGCUGUUACAGCCCUCCUCAACCUUUCAAUAAAUGAGGAUAACAAGAGUCUCAUUGUCAAAGCAAAUGCAUUGCCAAAGAUAGUAGAGGUUCUCGAGAGCGAGAGCAUGGAGGCGAGGGAGAAUGCUGCAGCUGCACUGUUUAGUUUGUCAGUAAUAGAUCAAAACAAAAUCCUGAUAGGAGAAGCCGGAGCCAUACCUGUGCUCAUCAAUCUGCUGUGCCGAGGUAGUCCAAGAGGUAAAAAAGAUGCAGCGACUGCACUUUUCAAUCUCUGCCUUUAUCAAGGCAACAAGGUAAUUGCUGUCAAAGCUGGCAUUGUGGGCCAUUUGAGAAGGAUGUUAGUUGAUGCUACUGGGGGUAUGGUCGAUGAAGCACUUGCCAUAUUGACAAUUCUUGCAAGUAGUCAGGAAGGCAAGGUGGCAAUCACAAAUUCAGAACUGAUUCCACUCCUGUUGAAGCUUAUGAAGACUGGAUCAGCCAGGGUUCGGGAGAAUGCUGCUGCAUUGCUUUUCUCAUUGUGCAAUGGCGACGAGCUGCAACUCAGAGCUGUAAAAGGGCUGGGUGCUGAAGAGGCAUUGAAGGAUCUUUCCGAGACCGGCACUGAGAGGGCCAAGAGGAAAGCUGGAAGCCUCUUGGGGCUGAUUCACCAGAUCACUGAGGUUUCAGGCGGCGACAGUUCUGCUAAAUUGUGAGACUUGUUGCUUGCAAUUUGUUAAUAUCGAAAGCUUAAGCUGUGUAUUUUAUGCAAUGAUCCCUGGAUUCGGACAUGGGAAGCCUUGUUAUUCUCCGUUAAUGUCUUCAGUCUUCCAUGAAGUGCCGUAGUAGUUCAUGUAAUUAAGGAUUUUAUGCAUUUAAAUGUUUGAUCCAUUUGAUAGGAUGUGAGAAUAAUAUUAUCUCAUGAA